AUGAAGAUAUUCCAGGUAUUCGUGUGCUUGUUGGCUUUGGCCGUAGCGGCGCGCGCUGGCUCUAUUGGCUGGUCCAGCGGCGGCGGUGGUGGCUAUGGCGGCGGCGGCGGCGGCUGGUCGAGCGGCGGCGGCGGCGGCGGUUGGCCGAGCGGCGGCAGCAGUGGCUGGUCCAGCGGUGGUGGCGGCGGCUACGGAGGCGGCGGCUGGUCAAGCGGCGGCGGCGGCGGCGGCCACGGCGGUGGUGGGCAAGUGAAGAUCAUUAAAAUCAUCACUACCGGCGGCGGCGGAGGUAACGGCGGCUAUGGUGGCGGCAGCGGCGGAGGAUGGAAGUCCGGUGGCGGUGGCGGCUACGGCGGCAGCAGCAGCGGCUGGUCGCUCGGCGGUGGCAGCGGCGGAUGGAAAUCUGGCGGCGGCGGCGGCUAUGGCGGCGGCAGCGGCGGCUGGUCGCUCGGUGGCGGCGGCGGUGGCUGGAAGUCCGGCGGAUCAUGUGCCAUGAAAAUCUGCAGAAUAUUCGUGUGCUUGUUGGUUUUGAUCGUGGCCGUGCACGCCGGCUUCAUCGGCGGCGGUGGCUGGUCUGGCGGCGGCGGCGGCGGUGGUUGGUCCGGCGGCGGCGGCGGUUGGAAGUCUGGAGGCGGUGGCGGCGGCGGUUGGCGCAGCGGCGGCGAGGUGAAGAUCAUUAAAGUCAUCAGCAGCGGCGGAGGCGGAGGCGGUUGGCGAAGCGGUGGCGGCGGCGGCGGUUGGAGUUCCGGAGGCGGCGGUGGCGGUUGGAGAUCCGGAGGCGGUUGGAAAUCUUGGUGA